ACUUGAUCUGCUCACAUUGCUUUGUUACCUAAUGUUUACGUCAGUGUUUUCUGCAGGGUCGAGAUGUGCCUUGCUACAGUGUACUGCGCAGAACGUCGGAGGGUCGGACAGAUUACAGUGACUCGACUUUUGAUCCUGUCAUGAUGGCAAGUGAAACUUAACAAGAAAGCAGGAAAAGCAGGCAAAUCAGGAGUUAUGGCGUCCACGACUGAAGAUGGUGCCUUCCUAGUCCAUGUCCCGGCAGAUAAACUUACGCUUUACUUGGCAAAAAAAGGAGCUCGUGUGCUUAGGGUUACUUUCCAUGACACAUCCUCGUGGUGUCAUGAAAUAACCUGGAUCUGUACACUUAUACCCGACAAAUACUGCCCCUAUAUCAACCAUCACAAAUUCCGACAACAGUUAUCUGCGUUGAGGGAGCAGUUUGCAACUCAUGGACGCCUGACCAGCAUACAGAUCGACCGGUGGAUGUUUGUCUUCGGACACAAUACAGAGGAUACAGCCUGGGAGAUGAUGACAGGAUAUGAACAUAUUAAAGAUAUCAUUUUGAAGUUUCUUCAUGAAAUUCAUGCACAAGUGACAGAUAUCGAGAUGGAGUCAGUAAUAAAGAAGGUAGAUGCGGCAGCAGCGAGGAAAGACCAAGGCCCAGAAACGUUGCCCAGAGGGACGACGGAUCAAGACGUUCUGUUCUGCUCCAAACAGGAGGAGGAUGUGGACGCACCACACUUACAUUCCCAGGAGAGGCACGAUGACGUCCCACAUGCCGAGGGGCACGAGGACGCCUCUCAUCCAUAUGACCAGAUGGACGAGAACGCUUCUCAUCUCACAACUGGUAGUGAAACGAAAACUGGAAUGAGUGGCAACAGCAGGGCAGAAACAUCCAUUUCAGCUGGGGAAAUUCGUACAAAAGAACUUCAUCAAGAUAACAGAACAGUUAACAGUACGAUUAUCAUCAAUCUCCCCUCUGGAAAAGCUGUUUGCGAAUCAUGCUGGAAGGCCAAACAUGAAAAUAUUCCUCAACCAACCGAUACUGACAUUGAAACUGUAAAGAUUCUACUGAAUGAACUGUUUCCUGAUUCACUGGUACGUGUUCGUUGGGAAUGUAUGGUGUUUUGUUUUGAACAUGAGUCCAUGGAAGAUGCAAUGGGUAUGAUUGUUCAGCAUGCAGACAUCAAGGAGGACAUCCUACACUUCCUGCAGAAGCUGGACCCAUCAAUUGAAGAUAUCGUGAUGGAGGUGGAGGUGCGGGAGUUGAGUGAGUUUGCGGAGCAGGCAGCACAGACAUCAGCCUCGAGUGAUCCGAGUUUGAAGCCACUUGUGAAGGGACAAGAUUCUGAUCGACGAGCCUCGAGUGACCCGAUCAAGGAUCCAAGCCAGAGCGAGAGGGAUCCACGGCUCUCCACUGCUUCACACGCGACUCCAUCACAAGCGGACCGCGACCUCUACUACGCCAGCAGGGACGGGGACCUGGAGGAGGUGAAGCGGCUCCUGACUACACCGGGAGUCGACAUCAACAGUAGAGGAGAGUUGAGCUGGACACCGGUGAUGGUGGCAGCAUACAGGGGACACAGAGACGUGGUGGAGCUCCUGGUGAGUGACGGGGCUGAUGUGUCACUGGUGGACGUGAACGGUAACAACAUCCUUCACCACGCCUGUAUGGGAGGAGAUGUGGAGACGGUGAAGUGUGUGCUGUCUCUGCGCGUGGUGGACAUCAACAGUAGAGGAAGGUUGAGCAGGACACCGGUGAUGGAGGCAGCACUGGGGGGACACAGAGACGUGGUGGAGCUCCUGGUGAGUGAAGGGGCCGAUGUGUCACUGGUGGACAAGUACGGUGACAACAUCCUUCACCUCGCCUGUAUGAGAGGACAUGUGGAGACGGUGAAGUUUGUGCUGUCUCUGCACGUGGUGGACAUCAACAGUAGAGGAGAAAGGAGCAGGACAGUGGUGAUGGGGGCAGUAGUGAGGCGACACAGAGACGUGGUGGAGCUCCUGGUGAGUGAAGGGGCUGAUGUGUCACUGGUGAACAAGGACGGUGACAACAUCCUUCACUACGCCUGUAUAAGAGGAGAUGUGGAGACGGUGAAGUAUGUGUUGUCUCUGCACGUGGUGGACAUCAAUAGUAGAGGAGAUGGGAGCAGGACACCGUUGAUGGGGGCAGCAUACAUGGGACACAGAGACGUGGUGGAGCUCCUGGUGAGUGAAGGGGCUGAUGUGUCACUGGUGGACAAGCACGGUGAAAACAUCCUUCACUACGCCUGUAUGAGAGGAGAUGUGGAGACGGUGGAGUUUGUGCUGUCUCUGAACGUGGUGGACAUCGGCGCCAGGAACAAGUCGGGGCGGACAGCGGCGCACUGGGCGAGACUCUGGGGACCACAGCCAGUGGUGGAACUGCUGAAGUCCCGCGGCGCUCAGUGACGUCAGUGUCGUGUUUGUGUAGACGGUGGAGGGGGACAUGUUGUUACAGACAGUGACGUGGUGUGCCGUGCACGUCGUCGUGUAAUAUAUUCCCGGAUUUGGUGAGAAUGUUUGUUGUGUUUGAGGAGAAAUAAAACUUGUUGAAAA